UUUUUUUUUCUGUCGCAUCUCGCAGCAGCCCAUUUUGCGCGUUACUGUUCCGUUACACCGUUUCUCGCGGAGACGGGUCGACGCAUCGUAGCGCUUCGGUAUGCUGUGCAACGCGCCUGUCAACUACAAACAGACGCGCAUCUACUUCAAUGUCGCCUGAGAAACCUGACAUCCCUCCGUCUUGCAUUAUCCACCCAUAAUUCUAUAAUGUGGCUUCCUCCUGCGAGCUCAUUCAACGCCGCCGCUGGCUUCGCUCGCGUCUGGAUCCUAUUCCCCAAAGUGUGGGCGCGAAUUGGUGGAUUUUAUGACUGCUCGAGCUCGACGACAUUCGACGAAGGACAACGCAACGCGCGAGGUUAA